AUGGAGCGGUCGGAUAGCGGGAGGUCGGCGGUGGUGGCGAUCGAGUGCGUGGCAGGGAGCAGCAGGGCGGACGAGUGGUGGGGAGGAGGGGAAGGGGAGGCGGCUCUGCUCCACACGGGGGACGUCCUGGAGGAGAUCACUUUUGGGGGGUCGCCGCCCGUCCGGGCGCCUUUCAAGGGCGGGCGAGCCGCCGUGAUGAAGCUCCUCCACGCCGCUUUCAAGCGCGGCGACACGUCGGUCCUCGUCCGCGCCCGCCGACGGGACCGCGCAGCCCAGCUCGAGUUACACGCCUGCAUCGUCCCCCACCCUCCCGCCGGGCGCCGGCAGUACGUCCUCCGCUCCAUCCGCGACCCCAACUACGCCCUCGGCCUCGUCGACCGAUCCGAGUCCGAGUGCAUCGCCUUGCAAGGAUCGAGAAGCUCGCGGGUGGUCUGCGCGCUGAGCAACGCCCAGCUGAAGGACGGAUACAUCACCUUCCCAUGGGAGAAGAAAGCGAGAGACCUGCUGCCGGUGCCCUACUCGAGCGCCUUCCUCUCGCUCAUCAUCCUCCCCCGGGCGUCGAACUCCUCGGGCGCUCGCUACAGCUCGCUUGAAGACACCUUGGCGCAGGCCAACGCCUGGCUCGUCUCCUCCCAGGCCGCCGGCGUCCCCAUCUCCUUCAUGAACAUCCAGACCGAGGCACUGCUCACCAAGAUCCAGGGAGAGACCUCUUCCCGCACCGUGAGCUCGGGAUCAGCGGCGGCGACCGACCUCUCGAACCUAACGAACAUUAGCCUGUGCGAGUUCGAGGACUACCAUGGCAUCGACAUUGGCGUGAUCAGAGCAGUCAGGAUGUGGUACAGUCCAGCUGCAGGGGAGAUGGCGCUGGAGAUCAAGCUGCAGGAACGCGACACCAAGCUGGGCUUCGCCAUUAGCCGAACCGACGAGGGGUUCAUCUACAUAUCAUCGGUGGCGAACGACGACAGCGCCGGAGUCGCGGCAGCUCGCACGAGGCUGGGGGAGCUGCACAGGAGAGCCACGAGAGCAUCGAAGCUCCUCGUCGUGUCGCGUGUGGGGAACGAGAAGGUCCUGCCAUGGAUGGUCUCCGCCUCCGGCUCCAUCCGCUGCUUCGACACGGUCUCCCUCAGCCAGAAACUCUCGCUGCACCGCCACGCGCUGAAGCCCAUCCUCCUCCAUCUCUUCACGUGGGAGCCGUCCCCCGCACUCGCCGCCAUCCCCCGAGUGGUGGAGGUUCCUGCUCUAGCGCCGCCGAGGGCUCCUGCCGAAGAGAAGGCGCCUGCCCCGACGCCUCAGUCGUUUGCACCACCAUCUCCUGUAGACGAAGUGCUGGAUGACCUGGUCUACGACAUCUCCUCCGGCGCCAGGCUCCGGAAGGACGCGAUUGGAGAUGUGUCCCUGCGAUUCCCCCUCUCCGAUGCAAGCAGCGAUUAGAUCCGAUCUACUCCAAUUCCUCAGUGUGCAGUGUUCCACACUCUGCUUCAUCUUAGCACUACAAACAAGCUUGACGAAUGGUUUCUAUAAGAUUUCUUCUAUGCAGUAUUAAAUGUAUUAUGAAUGCUUGCCAAAAUAUAUCUACUACCAAUUGACUUUUUAGGUUAAGUUCUUGAAUCUUAUCUAAG